UCACUUAGAGAGAGAGUGAGAGAAAUGACGAUAAUCGUGGACGGAGUGAUUGAGGAACUGGUAACACAGGGGGUAAACUCGUUGGUCCGAAUUGUGUCGGACAAUGUGACGCUGGUUGGUGGCAUAAAUUCUGAGAUAAAAGAUCUCACCUCCGACAUCCAAAUGUUCAACGCCAGGCUCAUAGAAGCUUCCAAGAACCCAAGGGCCAAUGACCACCAAGUUUUGAGACUCAUUGUGAAUAAAUUUGGAAGUGUUGUGAAUGAAGCCGAGGAUACGAUUGCGGACUACGUUGUACUAAAGAAGAAACAUGGACACAGUGCCUUGUCAAAAUCUUUGGAUAAGAUUCCACUUUGUGGAAAGGUGAGUGGCUAUGCGAGCGAGAUCCAGUCAAUUAAGACAAAGAUGAAUGCAAUUCGCCAAGAGCACGAACAAGAACUUCAAUACCUCAUGCAGUACGAAAUCAAAGACGAAGACAAGGCUUUGAAAACUUUCCAACAGGCUCGACCAAUAGUGGAGAAAAACGAAGUAUUCGGCUUUAAAAAAGAUUUGGAAGACAUAAAGGCUCGUUUGUUAGAGGCGUCUGAUAAUUUUAUUGUGAUCCCAAUUGUUGGGAUGCCUGGUACUGGAAAAACUACAUUUGCCUCAAUGCUUUUUGACGACGCAAGCAUUCUCAACAAUUCGGUUCGCAUUUGGGUUCCUGUUUCAAAAUGGUGUGAUAGAAAACAUAAAUUCACCAGCAUCAUAUAUCAAAUUACCAAGAGUACCGAAGACUUAACCACCAAGUCAGAAGAAAUAUUGAAAGACACCAUUCAGACCCUUUUAAAGGAUCGAAGAUACUUCAUUAUAUUGGAUGACGUGUGGGAAAAAAAAGAUUGGGAUUUUUUACAAAUUGCUUUCCCUAAAAACAUGAAUGAAAGUAGAGUCUUGGUGACUACCCGAAUUGCACGUUUGCCUACUUUUGGGGCCUGAGUGAAGGUUUAAAAUAAUAAUAAUAAUUUUAAGGGCUCAAUUGCACUAUCUUGACCACUUUGAGGGCUUAAUUGACAUUUAAACCUAAAAUAAUUUUCAGUGCUUUCAAACUUUGUAACUAGCAAAACUUAAAUUACUGGAUUUAAUUUUGGCAGUU